CUGAAAUGCAAAACUUGUUGCUGCUCCGCCAGCGCCGGGUGAGAGCGAGGGAGCGCGCAGGGGAGCGCGGCGCAGCCCUCCCGGCCCCGCCGGAGCCGUGCGGGCGGCGAUGCGGCGCGCAGCCCCCGGGCGCCCGUGAGCGGCUGCCGGUCGUCGGGCGGCAGCGAGCGGCGAGCCCGGCGCGGGCGAACGGCCAGGAUGUGAGCGGGGCGGCGGGGAGCGGCCAUGCCCUCGCGGUGAGGAGGCGCUCGAGGAUGUUCGGGCUGGAGCAGUUCGAGCCGCAGAGCAGCAGCCGGAGCGGCGGGCAGGCGGAGCGGGGCUUCGGCCAGCCCGGACUGAGCAUGAGCGCGCAUUUCAAGGCGCCGGCUUUCCCCGCGGACCCGGCGCUGGGGGCGCUGGGCGAGCCGCCCCUGCUGGGCAUGAACAUGAGCCUGCCUGGAGAUGCUUACGGCUUCCCGAGCCGCGGCCCCGCCGAGCUGCACGGCGGUGCGGGAGGAGGAGGAGGAGGAGCAGGAGGAGCGGGCAUGCAGCCGGGGGUGCACGGCUUCUUCGGCGGGCAGCAGGGGCACGGCGGCGCCCACCACCCCCACCAACACCCCCCGCACUUCGGCGGCAACUUCGGGCCGGACCCCGGCGCCUCCUGCGUGCACGGCGGGCGGCUGCUGGGCUACGGCGGGCAGACGGCGUUCGCCGACGGCUACGAGCACAUGGCCGAGAGCCAGGGGGGAGAGGGCUUCGGGCAGCAGCGCCCCGACUUCCAGCAUCACGGCGCCGGCGGGUCCAGCCACGCCGUGCCGGCUCCCUGCCUGCCCCUCGACCAGUCCCCGAACCGCGCCGCCUCCUUCCACGGGCUGCCGGCCGCCGGCUCCUCCGAGCCGCACGGGCUGGAGCAGCGGCGGCUCCCGGCGCAGGGCGGCGUGGACUCGCUGGAAUACAAUUACCCCGGCGACGGCCACUUCGAGAUGCCCGUGUUCUCGCCGUCGGAGCCCGAGGGGCAGCUGCCGCACUACGGCGCCGGGCGGCAGGUGCCCGCGGGCGGCGGCGGCGGCUUCGCGGGGGCGCCCGCCCUGCCCCGGGCCCCGGGCAUGGCCGUGGCCAAGGCGCACCCGCCGCAGCAGCACGGCGUCUUCUUUGAGCGCUUCGGAGGGGCUCGGAAGAUGCCCGCUGGGCUGGAGCCGGGGGCCAGCGCCAGGCACCCGCUGAUGCAGCCGCCGCAGCCGCCGCAGCAGCCGCCGGGCUUGCUGGCCAGACAGAACUCCUGCCCGCCAGCCAUCCCUAGGCAACAACAAGCAGAAGCCAACGCUCCCAACCCCAACCUGCAGGACAAUGGGCCCAUCAUGCAGAACCAGCAUGCACAGUUUGAAUACCCUAUUCACAGACUGGAGAACAGGAAUAUGCAUCCCUACGCCGACCCCGUGUUUAAUAUGCAGCACCCUCCUCCGCAACAGCCACCAAAUCAAAGACUGCAGCACUUCGAUGCCCCUUACGUGAGCGUGGCCAAGAGGCCGCGCUUCGACUUCCCCGGCAACCCCGGCGUCGAGCGCUGCGCCUCCUGGGGCGGCGGCAUGCACGGCCCCGCCAUGGAGAGCCACCUCUCCCCGACGGCGUACCCCGGUUUGCCGGGCGAGUUCACCCCGCCGGCGCCCGACGCCUUUGGGGGGCCCAUGCCGCACGGCGGCCCCGAGCACCCGGCGAUGGCGCAGCGCCAGAACGCGGCCCUGGUGAUGAAGCAGAUGGCUUCGCGCAGCCAGCAGCGCCUGCGACCGCCCAGCCUGCAGCAGCUGGGGCACCACGGCGAGGUGGCACCGCCGGGUGGUUUGCCCCCACCGGCCUUCGAGCGCGAGCCUGGCAGCGGCAGCCGCGGCGGCUUCGACCCAUCGACGCCACACAUGGCUCCCGACAGCGCGUGGUUUGCGGGGCCGCCGCCCGGGGAGCUGAUGCCGCGGCGCAUGGCGGCACCGGGGCUGCAGGCCGAAGCGGCUCCCCACGAGCUGGGCCUGCAGCCGGGCGGCACCGCCGUGCUCUUCCGACCGGGUGCCGGUGGGCUGGGGCUGCAGGAACCGCUGCGGAUGGCGGGUGAGGGGCCGGCGCAGGCUCUGCCCUCACCUGGCGUCCAUCCGCCCUUUGCGCCCGCCAUGGGUGGCCUCUCGCAGCUGCAGUCUCCGGGCGGUGGUGUGGCGAUGCCCAGUGCCCCCGCUGAGCGCCGUGGCCCUGCCGACUUUGCCACCCAGCCCGGGUUCCCCUUUGCGGCGGCCGCCCGGCAGCCGGCCACGCACGGUGCUGCGCCCACCCUCAGCGCCUCGCCGGGUGCCUACCCACCAGCCCCACCCGAGUUCCCCCCGCCACCACCGCCACGGCCCGCUGCCAGCAAGCUGGGCGCCCUCUCUCUGGGCUCCUUCAGCAAGCCGGCCAGCAAGGACAACGUCUUUGGGCAGAGCUGCCUGGCCGCCCUCUCCACCGCCUGCCAGAACAUGAUCGCCAGCUUGGGUGCCCCCAACCUCAACGUCACCUUCAACAAGAAGAGCCCGGCCGAGGCCAAGCGCAAGCUCAGCCAGGCUGAGCCCGACCCGCCACCACCCUCCGCCCCAGAAUACUUCCCGGCGGGGCCACCGGCGGGUGGCGGUGGUGCGGGCAAGGCGGCGGGUGCUGCCCCGCUGCUGCCCGCCGAGAGCAGCCUCUCGCCCGGCUACGCGCUGGAGCCGGCGGCCGGUGGUGAGGGGAAGGCGGGCAGCGGGCGAGGGCGGGGACGGCGGAAACGGGACAGCGGGCACGUCAGCCCUGGCACCUUCUUCGAGAAAUUCUCGGCCACAGAGGGUGGCGGGGCUGGCGUCAGCCCGGGGCAGCCGGCGGUGCCGGUGGCGGCGGGGGGUCCGCCGGGGGCUGUGGGCGCGGAGCGAGGUGGGGGGACUCCCCACGACAAGCCCCUGACCUCGCCCUCCUGGGGAAAGGGUGGCGAGCUGCUGCUGGGGGAGCAGCCUGACCUGAUGUCCUCCCUGGACAGUGGCAUCCAGAGCGUGACCAAGUCGGACGGCAGCUCCCCGCACGUGGACUUUCCCGACGAGGUCAGCACCAGCUACGGCAACGAGGAUGAGGUGUCCUCCAGCUCAGACAAUGCCGCCUCCAAGGCCACCCGCAGCCCGCUGCUGGGCGGCUCGCCUAAGCUGCCCCGUGGGGAGCACGCACUUCUCAAUGGACAGAAGCCCCUGGCCCUCAGCCUCCUCAGUACAUCUACCUCGACCCCCGACAGCUAUGGGCUCAGCACCACGGCGGGCGCCCACCCCGGCACGCCAGGCAUCGAGCAGGUGCGGACCCCCACGAGCACCUCUGCCCAGGAGGAGAUCCACCCCUUGGAGAUCCUGCAGGCGCAGAUCCAGCUCCAGCGGCAGCAGUUCAGCAUCUCGGAAGACCAGCCUUUGGGGCUGAAGAGCAAGAAGGGCGAGUGCGCGGGGCAGAAUGGGGACAGUGACCUGAGCAGCUGCUGCUCGGAGGGCGUCAAGGGCGCCAUGAGCACCAUCGACCUGGACUCCCUGAUGGCGGAGCACAACUCCACCUGGUACCUGCCUGGUGAGAAGGCCCUGAUGGAGGGGCAGGAGGAGGACAAGCCUAUGGCACCCUGGGAGAAACCCAAGCCCACGAACCCCAGCAAAGAAGCCCACGACCUUCCCCCGAGCAAGACCUCGGCCACGGCGCAGACGGGCAGCCACCUGCAGUGCCUCUCGGUCCACUGCACGGACGACGUGGGCGAGGCGAAGGGCCGGACUGCGGUGCCGACGUGGAGGUCCCUGCACUCGGACAUCUCCAACAGAUUUGGGACUUUUGUGGCUGCCCUGACUUGAACAAAAGAAAUUAUUUUUUUUCUCUUUUUAAUUUCAAAGGGCCGCUACUGCGAGGUGGACUAUUUUUCUAGGUUGGUACCUGCUUAGUGGCAUAUGGACUGGAAAGGGUUAAUUUAAAGUAAACCUCAGCUUUUUUUUAAUCUCCUGCCACAGUAUGUUACCAGUGUUAACCCUUCUGCAGUUAGCACACUUUUGCUUAAGAUUUUCCUGCUAGACCACUUCUUCCCAUUAUUCUGUAACCUUGGCAUACAUUUAUAGAUGAGGCCUUUUCCUUUUUCAUCUCAGCGUAUGUCCAAGUCACGUAUGUCAUGAUAAGACAAAGAUCCUCCUACUCCUCUUCUUUCUCAUUUGCUUUGUUUUUCUUUUCUUUUUGUUUUUGUUUUGCUUUGUUCAGUGCUUAAUUACAAUGGUGAUCCUGAAGAACAGCAGUUCAGGAAUAAACACCGGUUCAAGUGAAAUGGUCAUCAUUAUAUUAUAUAUUAUAUUGGCACCCAGCUUUUGCCAGUCACAUACAAACCAAACAGUUAAUGCUCUGUUGAAUAUUCAGGCAACAAGCCUGCCCUUUCCGGAGAAAAUGAUGUUCUGUUAUUAAUAACGUUCAGCCUCGUUUGCUCUCCGCCUCCCCCUGCGAGGCGAGGACGCUUGUUCCUGUAUUUACCUUGGUGAAGCCCAGAGAUGGAGCUCUGUCGUGAACAGGCCAGUUCAGGCACAGCCGGGGAAGGUAGAGAGAUGUUAUUCUAAAUCGGUCUAACAGGAAGUUUGCUUAAUAAUUCAGAGUCGUUAUCUCCUCCACUGAACGCCCAGGCUCCUCUCUGCCCCAGCGCGGCUGCAGUCUCCUGGUGCCGGUGAUGCUCCCACAGUUCCCACUUCAUCGCUGCUGGGGGGAAAUAACUGCUGGAGCCACCGUGCACCUCUGGUGUCCUGGCACCCGUGGCUGUGGUCGGUGUUCCCAAAGCCCUGCCAGAUGGCACUGCCCACCCUGCCCAUUUUUUGCCUGUUUUUAGCUGAAGGAAGAUGCUGUCGAUCAGAGCAGGAUGCAGCACCCUGGCUUCCACUGCGGCCAUCCUGGUUGAGGUGCCAGAGGUCAGGGGAUGGUGUGAGUAGGGGGAUUUGUGAGGGGCUGUUCACCCAGGGUCACAAUUUCCUAAUCUGCCAGGGCAGGGAGACCCCACAUUAUCCCCCCCAAACUCAUCCAAGGCCCUGUUUUUGCUGUGUGUUGAAGAACAGUGUUACGAGAUGCACACAAUAAAAGGAAAACCAUACUUUCCUGCUCGUGAUAGAUAAUGCUUAUUCGAGAAGAAAGUUGGAAGCAGACCAGAUAAAACCACGACUGACGCGAUGAUCCGACACUCCUGUGGUUUUACGUAAUGCUGUCCAUUAUUUGUGUAUCCUCUGCGUACAGGGAGUGCGAGCGUCCCACCCCGUGGAGGCCAGCUCGCUUUCCUCUGCUCCCUGGAGCUCAAUAACAUCACUGGAGAUUGAGGUUUCAGCUGUGAAAUAAAGGUCGGCCUCUCUAGGGUUAUUUAUUACUUCUGUCGUGAUUUCACAAAAUGUGUCCCUCCUCAAGGGAUGGAGUUUGAAGACUGCUUUGUGUUUUAUCUUCCAUGAUUGUGCUGGGCCUUUAAUUAUUUUGAAGUCGUGUUCUCGGUAAACACCCACAGAGAGGGGAUUCUGCCUAAAAUGCCAAUGGCACCGGGUGGUCUGAAAUCCUCGCUCUUGGUCAUCUGUGGCUUCAGAGAGAUUCACGGUGUUUGGAAAUGUUAUUUGAAUGUGCUCUUAUUAACCAUGCAUGGAUUGAGUUCCUCUUAUGGUUCUGGUCAGUGAGUUGACUUCAGAUAAAUUUGGGAGUUUUGAACCUUGAUUUUUUUUGAUUUUAUUUUCCUUUGUGUUGAAGCUGGAGCUGCCAGGAGAAUGAGGAUUUUUGCCCAUGCUGGAGCAAGUGGCUGUGGAGCUGCCUUGCGCCUGCUUGGUUUGGAACAGAAGGAUGGGAUGUUCAGUACCUUCUGUAGGUGUGUGCGCUGCUGAAAGCUCAGAGCUCUCCCCUGUCCCCAGGACAAUACCUCCUGGGAGAAUAACGGCUGUCAGCCCCCCACUUGGGAGACACCUCUUUGCCUGUGAUUCCUUAAGUCUUGGUUUAGCUAAAUUUGUGUUUGGUUUAAAUGCUGCCUAGCAGAGCACUCGAGGGCAGCCACGCUGGGGCCAGGGCGAGCGCUGCCGUGGUGGGUUCAGCCCGCAGCUCCCACCGUGUCCUUGCAGCUUCUGCCCGUUUCAGCCGGGUGGGUCUUGGAGUAACCCCAGCGGAAUGCGUGCCGAGAGGUAUGAUAGUGCAUUUCAGCACUUACAGCUGAACAUUUUGGAAGAGUUCAUGGUCUGAUGGCAUUCCUGUACCAAUGGCUUACUUCUUUGUUUUGAGUUUUUCCUGCUGCAUUCAGGAGAACAGGUUUUUCAGGCUUCCUGAGGUCAGGGAUGCACACCCUGUGCUACCAGGAAGAGACCUUUCAGUGAACGCUGCAUCAAGCAUUUCACGUCUCUUUUAAAGAGAAAUCCUCCUUUCAGUAGCAAUGCUGUGCCUCUGCUGCUCUCACACACCCUUCCCUUCAGCUUUCCUCCCUGCAGCUUGUGCUUCUCUCCUGGCGCUGGUGUUUUCAUCCACUGGGGCUGCGUUUUUCACUUUCUCAUAGAAAUACAAAGUGGAAGCAAUUCCUUAAAACGCAAUGAAAUCCUAACAGUUUUAAAUCCUAUGAAAUGAGGAGGAUGGGCUGUGCUGAAGGCAGGUUUGUGUCUUCAGCUGCCGAUAGAGCAUGGAAGCGCAGGAGCUGUGGCAUGCUGGGUCCGCUCCUGCAUUGCUGGGUUGCGGAGCCUGGGAGGUGGAUACAGUGGCAGGAUGGGAUUUUUAGAUAGUGAGGAGUUAAGAACAAUGGUUGAGCAUCUUCUGAGCCUUAUUGUCCACGUAGUUGUGCUGAAUAAUGUGGUCACAUGCAAUACUUUUGCUAACCUAUCCAUUCGAUCUUGCUUAGUUUAAGUGACAUCAACUUAAGGGAAAAAAAACAAAGGAGAUGAUGUGACUGUACUUGGGGCAGCCGUUAACAACAUCAGAACCAGCCUCUGCUCUUAUAUUUUCUUUGCUUUUUGCCAAAGAUCAGAACAGGAAUGGUACAUAGGACUGACCAGGACAAGCACUGCUUCAUGCGCAUAACCUGGUGUAUUUGGUACUGACAUCAAGUGCAGAAUGCUAAAGCUUUGUCACAAAGCUUGUGCUACCUGCAGUAAUUCCAUUGUACUAAUUUUCUCCUUAAGUUUGAUGCUGAAUGCACUGAUUUUUUCAAGUUUUUUUUUAACUUCUAUAAAAUAUCAGCAUAGCCUUACCUGCUAAGAAUUGCAAUGAUUCAGUUUUGUGAAAAAUAACUCUUCCAACCCAAGCAUGUUUGAGACCUGUAGGCAAAAGCCUGUUGUGCAGGACCUAAGUUACACUCUUUGUGGAGAGGGAAACUGAGGCACAGACAGCAUCAAUCUGAUGAGCUGUAAGUUCCCCGAAUGACUGGGUAGAGCCAGAAUAAUUUAAACUCACACGUACUUGUCCUACAGGGCUUUCAGACAGGGGGGAUCUAUCAAAAUAAACUCACAGAUCUGCGGCAAAUGUGCCAUUAAGAUAUACACAAUCUUUGUAUUGUGAACAACAGCUAAAGUACAGCAUCCUAUAUGUGUUUUGGAGACUUCUCCCUGCCUUGGCCGGUGUUUUCGGGUUUUCCAUUGGUAUGGGGGAACCUGGGCAUCAUGGACCUCCUGACCCAGCUUGCUAAUUCCUUUGGUAUGUGUUAAAGAAACUCUGUGCUUACCCUUUAACUUAAAAUGUAGUCCCAAACUGAGCAAAACCUCUCUUGCAUUUAAAUUGGGAGGAGUGAUAAAACGUGUCUCUGCCAAAAUCCAUGAAAAAUAGGCCUUAUUUAUUAAAUACUCUUGUGCAUUUUCUCCAGAUCGUUUUCUCCUAGGCUUACUGGUUCUCUGCUGUCCUAGCUCGUUCGUUAGAGCAUCAGUGAGAGAAGGGUUAGACUCAUUUUUAUUUACUUCUGGUGACUUUCAUCACAUAGGUAAGGAUUUCAUUGAGUGAUUUGGGUGGGAGGGAAGGAGCAUCAGACUUGUGUCCCUUGAGUCCUGCAGGGAACCGUUUGGGAUGCUGUGGCCCCUCAGAGCCUGGCUGCCCUUUCCACACCAGGAGUCGGUGCAAGGCAUCCAGGCACCACCAAUAAGGCAAAACCUUCACACCUUUCGGAAGGUGGGAAGGGGUGAGGUGAGCACAACACCGUGUCAGCUGCGGGGUGGGUGGAAUGGAGACAGAAACCAACCUGGUGAAUUCUGAUUAUCUUCGUUAAGCUGCAGUGUGAGGUUUUCUCAGCGACUAGAUCCACAGCUGUUUGAUGGAUGAUGUGUAAGAGCAUAACCCAUUUUUAUAGAAUUGUUUCUCCUUUAUUGCUUAAGGCUAAUGGAGGAAAUAGUCUAAUUUUGUCUUAGAAAUUCUCUAUUAAAAUUGUUGGUUUGAGUCCAUCCGCUCAUAGAUUCUGACUGAUGAAACUGCAGGCUGUGAUUUCCGGCAGUUAUAACUUUAUCACUAUUCACUACCCAAGAAUAUUACAGCUUUAAAACAGCCUUAAGCAAAAGGAUGUGAUUUCUUUGUACUAAAUUUGGUUCGUGGAAAAGAAAAAAAAAAAAACAAACAAGACAUUCAAAACACUGGUAAUCCGUACUGCAUCGCAAACUCUUCUGAAAAUGUUAUUGCACAUGUAAAAUAUGGAAACUUGACUCUGCUGUGUGUUAGGCAAUCCUGUAAUCUUUCUUUUUCU